AUGUCUAAUACAGAGGGGUAUUCAAUCACAAUAAUUUCACAUUCUUCUGGAAUUCCAGAGGAAAAAAUUGCUUAUGUGGAAAAGUUUAUUAGCGAGAAAUUACAGUUAACAAGUAGUGAAAAGAAAGCGUUAUCAGCAAAUAACAGAGUACUUGAUUAUUCUGUAAAGUUAGGGGAACAACAAAAUGAGCAAAUAGUGGCGUUGAUAAAAGACGAAUUAUUAGGAAAUCCAUCAGGCUUUGAUAUCAUCUUUCAAAAGACAAGUGAACGUAAAGAUAAGAAAUUAUUUAUUUUUGAUAUGGAUUCCACUUUGAUUUACCAAGAAGUCAUAGAGUUAAUUGCAGCAUAUGCAAACAUCGAGGAUAAAGUUGCAGAAAUUACGGAAAGAGCAAUGAAUGGUGAACUCGACUUUACUCAGUCUCUUUUAGAAAGAGUGUUAUUGUUAAAAGGUAUUGAUUCUACGUCGAUUUGGAGUGAAUUGGAAACCAAGAUUGAAAUAACAAAGGGAGCUAGAGAGUUAUGUAAGGCAUUAAAGAAUCUUGGAUGUGUUAUGGGUGUUUGUUCUGGUGGAUUUAUACCGUUAGCAGAAUUUAUCAAAAAGCAACUAGGCUUGGAUUAUGCCUAUGCUAAUCAAUUAGGAACCGAUUCGAAUAAUAUUUUGGAUGGUACUACCAAGGGUUAUAUUGUCAACAGUGAAAAGAAAGCAGAGCUAUUGCUAGAAAUUGCAAGAAAUCAUCAGAUAGAUCCUCGUAAUGCGGUUGCAGUAGGUGAUGGUGCUAAUGAUUUGAAAAUGAUGAAUGAAGCUGGUUUUGGAGUUGCAUGGAAUGCUAAGCCAAAAGUUCAAAAAAUGGCUCCUUGCUGCUUGAAUACUGAUUCAUUGCAAGACAUAUUAUAUAUCAUGGGUUACAACGACGAAGAAAUUGUACAAUUAAUUAAGUAG